AUGGAGGAGGCGCAGUGCGAGACGGGGCAGUGCGAGGCGGGACGUGCGGAGGGGAAAGUUAUCCCCGAAGAGGUGACCACAGAGGAGGGAGUGUCCACCCACCCAGGGAGACUGCCCGACGAGAGGGUAGACGAAAUUCUGGGCGAAGAGAGUGACGAUGAAGGCAUUGGGAGGGAAGAAGGCAACCAGGAGGGAGGGAUCCACGCCAAGAGUAAUUCCCCCCCUCCUCAGGGGGACUACUUCUACAUCAAUGAUGCAAUCAAGCACAACUACCCCCUGGAGUAUGAAGAAAACAAAAUUUACCCAAAAGUGUAUUGCUACGAACCAAGUAAUUUUGAAAAUUUCAAGAAAAAAAUAAAAAACAAAAACGAACUCAGACACUAUGAAUGCUACUCCUCUACCAUGAACGAAUUUUUUUAUAAAUACAAUGACAACUACUACGAUGAUAUUCUGAAGAAUGAGAGCUUCAAAAAGUUUGCCUUCGAGUUAUGGUCCAAAAGGAAGGAGAUCAAAAACGAAACGGAGUACCACAAUUUAUGCAUUCAGUUAAGGAAAAAAUAUAAGGUGUGUCCCUCUAAGCACCAGAUUAGUGUGGCCCUGCAGCAUCAUUAUUUGCAAGCGGCGCGUAACUCCAAGGGGGGCAAGGAUUCUCUAUCCACCCAUGCGGAGGAGACCCACAAUGCUACCUCCAUUUCGCACACGUCCGACGUGUCGAACCAGUCCAACGUGGGUGGAGAUGCCACCACCAAUGAGGAGGAAGGAGAGGAGGAAGGGGACACCGCUAAUGGAAGAACAGAUGGCGACCAGGUGGACUUCCUGCAGGGGCAGAUACUCUCCAAGGGGGGCCUGCCGGAAUGGAGGGACGACCCCCCCAAGGAGGGGAAGAAGGGGGAGAAGAAGGAGGAGGCGGAGGACGCGGAGGCUGAGGCUGAGGCUGAGGAGGAGGAGGACAAAAUCGAGGUGAACAAAAAAGGGAAGGACGUGAAGUUCGUUUUAGAAAAUGUUACCAACAUGAUCGUCACGACAGAAAUGAAAAACUAUAAGGACUUGGACAAGGAGAGUGUCCACUUUUUGCAAAUAAAUAAACGAAAAGGAGUGCGAUCGAAUAGCGGCGUGCUAGUUGUAACCAUCAUUACACACCCUCACAAAUUCAGCUGCAAGUAUGAUUGCCAUUACUGCCCGAAUGAACCAAAUCAGCCCAGAUCCUACCUCUCUACUGAACCAGCAAUUUUGAGAGCAAACCAGAAUAACUUCGACGUGAUAUGCCAGUUUUUCAAUCGAACAACCACACUAGUUAAUAACGGACAUGUGGCAGAUAAAAUUGAAGUCCUCGUCUUGGGAGGCACGUGGAGUUGUUAUGAUGUAGAAUAUCAGAGGGAGUUUAUAAGGGAUGUGUACUACGCAGCAAAUAUAUAUCCCCUUUUAAAGGGUAGAAGAAAAAAAUUCAGUCUAGAGAAAGAGCAAGAGAUUAAUGAGACAAGCAACUGUCGUAUUAUUGGAUUAACUUUGGAGACAAGACCUGAUCAGAUAAAUAAAGAGGAGCUCAUUCGAUUACGAUCGUAUGGAUGCACUAGAGUACAGUUAGGGAUACAACACACAGAUGACUUCAUUUUAAAAAAGGUCAAUCGACAAUGUACUCUCCAGGAUAGCAUCAGGGCUAUCUAUCUACUUAAGGAAAAUGGAUUCAAAGUGGAUAUACAUCUAAUGCCUGACUUGCCUUACUCAGAUGUGAAGAAAGACGUCAGCAUGUUUCAGUACGUCCUAAGUUCCACCGAUUUGCAAGCUGACCAAUGGAAAAUAUAUCCUUGCGAAAUUACUCCAUUUACGAGGAUUGAGAAAUGGUACAAUAAUAACGAGUUUAAGCCUUAUUUCGAAACGGACAAGAAUCUGCUCAUUUGUUUAAUUUUUCUUGUGAAGAAGUCAAUACAUCCAUGGAUACGCCUGAACAGAGUCAUACGGGAUAUACCGAACCCAUCCAUUAUUGCUGGAAAUAAUAUAACUAAUAUGAGACAACUCAUUACCAACGAAAUGAAUAUUCGAUCAAUUUUUUGUCAAUGUAUCAGAUGUAAGGAAGUGAAGAAUCAAGAAAUUGAAAAGAAGGAUGGGUCCAUUUUUUUGCAAAUAUAUCAGUACGAGACUCUAGGGGGGAAGGAGUUUUUCCUCACCUUUCAGGGGGUGAAGAAGGCUCGCAAGGGAGCAAUCGGUGGACCCAAAGGGAAGAAAGCCAAAAAGAGGGAGCGGCAUCAGGGGGAGGGAAGCGGUGAUGGGCAGCGAGGCGGUGAUAUGAAGCGAGGUGGUGACAGCAAGCGAGGCGGUGGGAACCCCACCCGGACGGAGGAUCUCCCCGAGGCAGCGGACGAAGAUUGCAUAGGACUCUCCUCUGUCAAUUUGUUCGCCGAGGAGGUAGGGACUUCCAAGGAGGUAGCGGCUUCCAAGGAGGUAGCGGCUUCCAAGGAGGUAGCGGUUUCCAAGGAGGUAGGGGCUUCCAAGGAGGUAGGGACUUCCAAAGUGGUGACCACUCCCAAGCAGGGGGAAGCUUCCAACGGGGAGGCCACUUCCACCCACUUAACCGAACUGCAUACGCGAGAUGACAACAACGAGCGGGCGCUGCUGGGCUUCCUGCGCCUCCGCCUGCGCAAUCAAAAUGACUACUGCGACGACAGACCCUUUAAGUGCCUAGAGGGGGCAGCCCUAAUCAGAGAGCUCCACAUAUACGGCUCGUUACUAAAGCAUGACGAUUUUAAAGAAGACCUAAAUUUCGUGCAGCAUAAGGGACUGGGGAAGUGUCUUGUCCUCGUUGCAGAAUUGAUUGCUUACCAUUAUGGGUAUAAAAAAAUGAGCAUAAUAGCAGGGGUAGGUACAAGGCAGUAUUAUAAAAAGUUGGGAUAUGAAAAGGAAGAAACGUAUGUAACGAAGGAGCUGAACAGGGAGACUUUGUAUGAACAGUACAUGCAAAAUGCGGAUCGGAUUGGUAAACAAAUAAUUAUUCACGACUACAAUUUGAAGCAUUGCCUGUACUUGAUGCAUAGGAGCAUCCCCACUCCGUCUCGUUACAAGAGAAGCGAAAUGGAGGGAGACAUGAAUACGUUUAUUCGCGAAAAUAUUAUCAACGUGGGGUCGGACGAGUACCUGCACUGUCAGCAGGAGUGCACCGGAGUGUGUCGUAUAAAUAUUGAGCAAGAUUUAGGCCCACAGGGGGGGGAGAAACGGGCGAAGGGGACGAAGCAGACGGAGCUGACGAAGGAGACGGAGCAAACGAAGCUGGCGAAGCUGGCGAAGGAGGCUCCUCUCCGAGCCGUCCUCAGCCAGUGGACAGGAACCAUCAUCGCCCACUCUACCACCAUAUUUGUUGGUGUUUCGCUUUGGGGGCGCCGUCGGGUGGGAGGCCUCUAA